AUAAAAGAAGGAAAGCAGGUUCCAACUUAGUGAAUUCGUGCAUCAACACCACUUUGUGAGUGCACUUAGCCUAAAUGGGACCCGUCAAAAUUCUCCAGUUCUGAUGUGGAUAUGCACUACCUCAAAAUACAAUUAUAGAAGAAAGAGCAGCGCAUUAGUUAGACUAAAGGCAGAACACGCUUUCAGCACAAGUCAGUGCAAUCAUUCUAGAGGCAGCACUGAUCCUGAGGUGACCGCUGUGAAAUGGAUGAUCUGAGAGAUAGGUGUGCCUGCAUGGGUGAGCUCAGAAAAUUCGGUCUCCUUUAGGCGCUCGACAUGCCCUCACAUCUUGUUGGGGCGCCAGAAACUUAGUUCUGAUUGAUGGACCUCACUGAGAAGGAUAAGGAGGAGCCGGCGAGGAAGAGGAGGGAGACGGGGCAGGUGCUGGAUCCCGUCAGGAUUGUGGGGAAGAAGAGGAGGAACAAUGAUGACGGGAUUCUUGAGGAGGAUUGCAAGAAUGUCUUGCUCGACGAUCCAACCACAGCCACGGUUUCUGAUCCUGUUAUUGAAUCAAGUGCCAAAAAUGAAGUCGAGCAAUCUGGUGCUCAACUGCUAGUCCUUGAGGAAGCUUGCUUAUUCACAUCAUCUGAUAUCUCGACACUGUUUGAUGGCUCGGUGAGUUCUUCGUUGGGCUCCAUGAGACCCCUUGGUGAGAAGCUCGACAAAUUGCUAGCUCCUGCUCAGGAAUACUACAGGAGGUUGCCCAAGAGGACCAAGGAGGGGAUGCACCUUCUCAAAGAUGAUGUUGAAGUGAUAAGCUCCUACCUUGAUGAACUAUCAGAGGUGGAGGACCCUCCCCCAAUGGCCAUGUGCUGGAUGAAUGAGGCACGUGACCUGUCUUAUGAUAUGGAGGAUUACAUUGACAGCUUAUUAUUUGUGCCACCUGAUCGUUUCUUCAAAAAGAAGAAGAAGAAGGGGAGGAGGAAGAAGAUGAUGAUAAAGAAGAUGCUUAAGUGGUACAAACAGGUUGCAUUCACAGCGCAAGUGUCAGAACAUGGUAUCAUGACCAGUAAAAUCAUUCAUGUUAAUGUCCCUCGUCUUCCCAGUAAGCCCAAGAUUGCAGAAACAAUAUCGGAGUUCAGGAUCUAUGUCCAGGAGGCUAUUGAACGGCACAAUAGGUAUAAGCUCCAUUGUUGCAGCAACUUGAGGAGGCGUACAUUCUUAUCCACUGGCCGUAUGCUUCCAAUGCCAUAUGAAGAAACCGAUGAUCACGUAGUAAUCGAUGGCCAGAUGAAUGAGUUUAUCAACUCACUGGCCGCUAACGAUGCGGCAGAUCAGCAGCAGCUCAAGGUGGUAUCUGUUCUUGGAACUGGAUGUCUGGGUAAAACUACACUUGCCAAAGUGUUGUACAACAGAAUUGGGAUGCAAUUUGAUUGCAGAGCUUUCAUUCGAGUUUCCAAAAAGCCUGAUAUGAAGAGACUUCUCCGCGACUUGUUCUCGCAACUCCAUCAGAAGAAGCAACCACUACCCACCAAUUGUAAUGAACUUGGCAUCAGCGACAUUAAUAUCCGUAAACAUCUGCAAGAUAAAAGGUAUCUAAUUGUUAUUGAUGAUUUGUGGGAUGCAUCGGUAUGGGAUAUUAUUAAAUCUGCUUUUCCGAAGGGAAACCGUGGUAGCAGAAUAAUAAUAACCACACAGAUUGAAGAUGUUGCAUCAACAUGUUGCUGUGAUCACUCAGAGCAUGUUUUCGAGAUGAAACCUCUCGACGAUGAUCACUCAAGAAAGCUAUUCUUUAGCAGACUUUUUGGUUCUGAAAGUGACUGUCCCGAAGAAUUGAAACAAGUUUCAAACGAAAUUGUUGAUAUAUGUGGUGGUCUGCCGCUAGCAACAAUCAACAUAGCUAGUCAUUUAGCGAACCAGGAGACAGAAGUAUCAAUGGAUUUGCUGGCAUACACACGUGAUGCGUUGAGGUCCUAUUUGUGGUCAAAUUCUACUUCAGAAAGAACAAAACAAGUACUGAACCUCAGCUACAAUAAUCUUCCUCAUUAUCUAAAGACAUGCUUGCUGUAUCUUAAUAUGCAUCCAGAGGGCUCCAUAAUCUGCAAGGAUGAUGCGGUGAAGCAGUGGGUGGUUGAAGGCUUCAUCGCUCCAAGAAAAGGGAAAGAGCAAGGUCAAGACUGGAUGGAGAAAGUUGCAGGAAUCUAUUUCGAUGAACUUAUUGAUAGAAGAUUCAUCCAACCUUUAUAUAUCAACUAUAACAAUAAGGUGUUGUCCUGUACGGUUCAUGACGUGGUACGUGAUCUUAUUGCACACAAGUCUGCAGAAGAGAAUUUCAUUGUGGUAGUAGACUACAAUCGAAAGAAUAUAGCACUUACCCACAAGGUUCGUCGACUAUCUCUCAUCUUUGGUGAUGGAAAAUAUGCCAAGACACCAGAAAACAUCACAAAGUCACAAGUUCGAUCACUUAGAUAUUUUGGAUUAUUCAAGUGUAUGCCUUGUAUCAGAGAGUUCAAGGUUCUCCGUGUUCUGAACCUUAUACUAUCUGGUCAUUGUGGCGACUAUGACCCCAUAGACCUCACUGGUAUUUCAGAACUUUUUCAGCUGAGAUACUUGAAGAUUGCAAGUGAUGUCUGUAUAAAACUACCAAACAGUAUGCGGGGCCUGAAAUGUUUGGAAACACUGGAUGUUAUGGAUGCAACAAGAGUCACUGCUGUUCCAUGGGAUAUUAUACAACUCCCACACUUGUUGCACCUAAUUCUUCCUGUUGACACAAAUCUGCUGGAUUUGGUUGGCAACCUGAGUGACUCAGUUAUCCAUCAGUGGAGCCUUGGUAAGCUGAACUGCCUGCAGGAUCUUCAUCUCACCUUUUCUUCUACAUCACCUGACGACCAUCUGGAAACAAGCAUGGAAGUUCUGGCUUAUUUAAUUGGAGGACAUGGCAAUUUGAAAACUGUAGUAAUUGCUCAUGGUUCCUUGGUAGAAAAUACUGUGGUUCCUGGCGCCUCAAAAGUAAUCCCUCCAUGGUAUCGCAUGGCACCUCCCCCCCUUCUGCAAAGACUUGAAUUCUCGCCACACAGCUGCUGCAUAUUCUCACGAAUUCCUCCAUGGAUUGAGAAACAUGGCAACCUAUGCAUUUUGAAGAUUCCACUGAGGGAACUGAAGAUGAUUUGUAUUGAUACUCUUGGUGGAUUAUGUGCUCUCACUGCUUUAUCCCUGUAUGUGGAGACGCCACCCAUUCAAAAGAUCAUUUUUGAUAAAGCAGUCGGGUUCUCAGUUCUCAAGCACUUCAAGUUGAGGUUCACGACUGGUAUAGCUUGCCUAAAAUUCGAGGAAGAUGCAAUGCCUAAUCUCUUGAAGCUCAAGCUAGUUUUCAAUGCCAUCCCACCAAUGGGCCAACCUUUUUUUUUCCGUAUGGGUCAAGUCCGACAGAAAGUACAACAUGAACAUGGUACUGCAGUUAUUAGCAUCGAGCAUAUGCCAGGGCUUAGAGAGAUUUCCACAAAAUUUGGUGGCACAGCUUCUGAUCUAGAGUAUGCCUCGAGGACUGUUGUUAGUAACCAUCCAAGCAAUCCUACAAUCAAGAUGCAAUUGGUAGGUUAUAGUUCCAAUGUUGACAGAAGUACGAAACAAAAACAACAGCCAGAUGACAUUCUGGAGGAACAACCAGAUGGUGAAUACGACAAGAGAUUGGAGAGAUCAGCUGAUCAAAGGAUUUCAACGUCACUUGAGUCUAAUUUGCGGCUGGAUGUUCCAGAAAUUACACCAACACUUGUGCAGAUUACAGGCGGCGGUGAUGAUGUGCGGGAGCACAUGUUUGACAAGGUGGUGACAGCAAGCGACGUGGGGAAGCUGAACCGGCUGGUGGUGCCCAACCAGUUCGCGGAGAAGUACUUCCCACUGGAUGUGGCGGCGAACGAGAAGGGACUCCUGCUCAAUUUUGAGGACCGUGGGGGCAAGCUCUGGAACUUCCGCUACUCCUACUCCAACAACAGCCAGAGCUACAUCAUGACCAUGGGGUGGAGCGCCUUCGUCCGCGACCACCACCUCGCCACAGGCGACACGGUCUCCUUCUACCGUGCCGGCACACGCCUCUUCAUCGACUGCCGGGUGCGCGGCCAGAUUUUAGCGCCCGUGACACAAGCCGUCAUGCCGGCAUCGGCUUCACCAGCCCUCAAGUAGGAUUCUAACAACUGUGUCUCGAGCCUGAUGCAACUGUUAGAAUCAGAAGGCACAUGAUGAUCUUGCGGGACAAUUAAUCACACCAAAACGACACUGAGAUUUGUCAACGACGUCCCUUUGACACACCUACAUCCAGGGUAUUUUUGUUCCCAUCAAUUUUCAUUUCCCCCUUCACCAGAACCUUUCCCCCCCUCUUUAUACUUCCUCCGUAAACUAAUAUAAGACGCUUUAGAUCACUACUUUAGUGACCUAAAAAUGUCUUAUAUUUUUUCUACAGAGGGAGUACUUCUCAAGGGUUUUGAGGAUAACUCAUAAUUUCUAGCUAUUGUGCGUUCUGUAACUCCCUUGGAAAUGGAUUGGAUUCAGCUGGGUACCUUACUUUAUGAUUUAUCUGUCGUAGUAACAUGCCAACUAUGAAGAUUCUGGUCGCUGCCUGUGCCAAGAUGUAUAAUUUAAUUCUUGUACACAAGAUAAGAGUUUGUGCAAUGAUGUCUGCUACUCUUAAAUAAAUUCCAAAUAUUAUUAUCUGCUA